CGUUACCAUGGUUACAACCUAGAGAGGGCGCUGCGGAGGAGCGCUCUACGUAAAAUGACGCAGGGCGGGGGCGUGCCCGCGAUGCGCGCUGCGCAAGGCUGCUUGUUGUUCCCGCAGAGAGGCGAGAAGAUGGCGGCCGUGUCAAGCGGAGGUGCUGCUGGGUCCACUGCGGCCGGGAUUACGCACUCUGGCCGACCGACCCACGCAGGCAUGGGCUCCCAGAACCGAGCCCAGCCAUCCUCCGGGAUCAGCCACCCCGGCCGUACCAGCACAGCCCCUGGGUGCAUCUCCAAUCCUGGCCACACUUCGGCCACCAGGCCCCCCCCAGCCCGAGUGGGCCACUACGAAAUCGAGCGGACCAUCGGCAAGGGAAAUUUCGCGGUUGUUAAACUAGCCACACACAUCAUUACCAAAGCAAAGGUGGCUAUAAAAAUAGUGGAUAAGACGCAGCUGGACGAUGAGAACCUGAAAAAGAUCUUCAGAGAGGUGCAAAUCAUGAAGCUGCUGAAGCACCCCCACAUCAUCCGCCUCUACCAGGUGAUGGAGACGGAGAGGAUGAUCUAUCUGGUAACAGAGUAUGCUAGCGGUGGAGAAAUAUUCGACCACUUAGUGGCUCAUGGGCGUAUGGCGGAAAAAGAUGCCAGGAAGAAGUUCAAGCAGAUUGUUGCAGCAGUCCAUUUCUGUCACUGCCGCAACAUUGUCCACAGAGACCUUAAGGCAGAGAAUCUGCUGCUGGACCACAACCUCAACAUCAAAAUCGCAGAUUUUGGCUUCAGUAACCUGUUUUCUCGAGGCCAGCUGUUGAAGACAUGGUGUGGCAGUCCUCCCUAUGCCGCACCAGAACUCUUUGAGGGCAAGGAAUAUGAUGGACCUAAAGUAGAUAUAUGGAGCUUAGGUGUGGUGUUGUAUGUGUUGGUGUGCGGCGCCUUGCCAUUCGACGGCAGCACUCUACAAAAUUUGCGGGCACGUGUCCUCAGUGGCAAGUUCCGAAUCCCCUUCUUCAUGUCUACAGACUGUGAGUACUUGAUCAGACACAUGUUAGUGCUGGAGCCCAGCAGACGGUUGACAAUGGAGCAGAUCUGUAAGAACAAAUGGAUGAGACAAGGAGACCCAGACCCAGACUUCGACAGGUUGAUAGCCGAGUGUGAGCAGGUGAAGACAGAAAGAGAGACGGAGCUCAUCAUCGAGCAGGUGCUGAUAGCCAUGUCUGAGAUGGGUCUGGACCGAGAGCGCACACUUCAGUCUCUACAAACAGAUGCGUACGAUCACUACAGUGCCAUCUACAGUCUGCUGGCUGACCGCCUCAAGAAACACAAGACCCUGCCUGUUGUUGCCCCACCCACACCGCGCUCCAUUAGCUAUCCUCUUAACGCUGUACAGCAGACGGAUCCACAGGGUAAUCCUGUUAGCAUGACUGUUCCCCAUGUCCAGCUCAUCAACCCAGAGAACCAGAUUGUUGAGCCGGAUGGCAGCAUGGCGCUGGACAGUGAUGAAGGGGAGGAACCAUCUCCAGAGGCCAUGGCUCGCUACCUUUCAAUGAGGCGGCACACUGUUGGGGUACCAGACCAAAGGACAGAGAUGCAGGAGGACCUCCAGAAACUGCCACCAGGUUUCCCCCGUGGUGGAGUGCCCCAGCCCCCCUUCCCCACACUGGCCCCCACAAUGGGCCAAAUGCACACUCUUAUGCCCACACAGAGCUUGCAGCCCACACAGCAGCUGGAGUACAAGGAGCAGUCCUUGCUACAGCCACCUACUCUGCAGCUGCUCAAUGGCAUGGGCCCUCUAGGUCGAAGAGCUUCCGAUGGUGGGGCCAACAUUCAACUACACGCUCAGCUCCUCAAGAGGCCCCGGGGUCCCUCGCCACUUGUCACCAGCCCGCACCCUAUCCCUGCAGUAGCUCCCGUGGAUGAGGAGGGUUCAGACGGAGAGCCAGACCAGGAGGCAGUGCAGAGGUACCUGGCGAACCGCUCCAAGCGGCACACGACGCACGCGCUCAUGAGCACAUCGCAUGGCGAGCCCUCGGCAGAGUCACAGCGACCCCAGGGCCCCCGCCAGAGGGUGGGCUGGGCCCCCGACACACACACCCGAUCCAGCUAUAAGGACUGUAAUACCCUUCAUCUCCCCAUGGAGCGCUUCUCACCUGUCAGACGGUUCUCUGACGGCGCCGCCACCAUUCAGGCCUUCAAGGCUCAUCUAGAGAACAGCAGCCUCAUCAAGCAACUCAAACAGGAAUGUGAGCAGCUCCAAAAAAUGUAUGCUGCCCAACAGGAUGAGCGAUUCCUGGAGCACACCCAGCAACAGCAUAUCCUCUACCAGCAAGAGCAACAAAUCCUCCACCAGCAAAUCCAGGGUCUGUCUUUAGGCCAUGGAGAGAGCCAGCCCAGUCACCUAACCCACCAGCUCCAAAGGUUGCGUAUCCAGCCCUCCAGCCCUCCGCCAACACAUCCCAGCAACCACCUCUUCAGACAGCCCAACCAGAGCCCUCCGCCUGGCUCUGCAGGCAUAAUGCAAGGGCAUGGAGGUCCAUCGUCAGUACAGUACCAGCACGGUACUCCGGCGCUGUAUCAGGGCCAGAGUGGCAGUCCACCUCCCACAGGCCUGCCGCGAGUCUCUAUACCAACCAAUCAACAAGCAGCAUCUGCUCGCCCCACCGUCCCAUUGGCACAGGGUGUACCUCAGCAACAACAGGUGACCAUUCAGGUUCAGGAAGUGGAGCUGGGAGGUGGGGCGCAGAGGCAGGGCAGCUUUUUGUCCACGCCAGGGGGACACAGAGUCCUUGGGAAGCAGCUGAGCGCAGACAACGCAGAGUCGCACAGUCGCAGCCUUGGCCGCUUCACAUCGGGAUAUGACCAGGCUCAGUUCAAUCCCCACCUCUUCUCUAGCGACGCCGCCUCCCGGGGCCCCUCCGGAGUUGUCGGCUCCUACAGCCCCUAUCUGCAGGGAGCUUCCUUAAAAGUCCCCGGACUGGAGGGUUACCAGAGUGGGGUGGUGGGAACUGGCAACUACGGCACCCCCUCUACACUACAGCAGGCCCUGCUCUCCCCAACUCCCUUGGACUACCGUCCCCCACAGCAGCACGUCACUCCCACCCUGCAGGGUCUCCUGUCCCCCCGCCAUUCUUUAACAGGCCACGCCGACCCCAGGCUGCCCCCCCAAGACCUGGCUGCCUUGCUGAAAAGGCAAAGCCCCCGGCCGUGCCAAGCACCCCCAACGCCACCCAGCGGUGCACCCCAAGAGUAUGGAGAGAUGCUGCUUCUCCGCCAGCUGAGCCAAGGGGAAAGCUUGGAGCCACAGGCACCGCAGGGUUCCUCUGGAGGCCAACACUACCACCAUCUCCUCCAAAUUCGACCCCCAGAGGUUCAGCCACAGCAGCACCCAGCCCAAGCACCUUGCCCAAGCUUACCUCACUCAGAGAGCAUGGAGGAGGAUGAGGUGCCAGCUGGCUACCACCACCCACAUGAGGGUCUGCUGGCCAAGGCAGGGGAAAGUCAUGAGCUCCUGGGGCCUCCCCGAGGAGGCACCCCACCCUACAGCUCUCCUACGCACAGACAUGGUGGCUACAUCAGGAAUGCUCCAGCAGCUAGAGAAUCUGAGCAUGUAGAGUGCAGGCCCCAAGGGCAGGCUAUGGAGGUGCCUGAUCAUAAUGGUGUGGGCUAUUCGCGAGGUCCCCAGGGUGACGCAUAUAGGUCCCGUGGACAGCUUCAGCGCCACCACACCAUCCAGACCUGUGACGAUGCCUAUGAUCAGGCAGACCCCAUGUCUGGGAUGAGCCUUUUGGCCGGAAAGGCACUAAGCUCUGCUCGCAUGUCGGACAUUCUCAGCCAGACGUCACUGACAGGAAGCCAGCAGCUGCAUCAGAGGGAAGAGUCAGUGUGUGAUGUUGAGGGGGAGCUCCAUGCGGCAGCUUGCUACCCCUCCUCCUGCACCAGUGAUAUGCUCCUCAGCUACAAGCCCCCUGACCUGCAGUACAGCAUGGAGCAGGCUGGGGUCUAGCACAGCAAAGGGUGUAUCCUGUGUACAGCGGUCCAUAUCAGCCAUCCUGAGUUGUGUUGACUUGAGUUGAGCAGCAUCACGCCAAACCGCCGUUGUCUGCCCAAGUGGGGGCGCUCUACGUCCAUCUGUCUGUCUCCAUCUGUCCCUGGGAGGGCAGUGUGCGCGGGGGGGUGGGGUUAGUAUGGGUGGGUGUAGACCAUUAGAAGGGUGGGGGGGUCACAGGUGGGGUCUCUGGGUUCAAAAGUGCCAGCAUUUUCCGAGCAGAGAUCCAGCUUUUAUCGCUGCAGGUCGUCUCCUCUUUUCACCUCCCAUCAUGGUUAGAUUGGGGUUCCACUCUUCCAUCUUUUGACUUGACUCCCUCACCUCCUCCCCCAUCAAACCUGGCUCACUCCAGUUACACACACACACACACACACACACACACAGACCUGCUGCCCUGACCUAACCCCCCCCCUUCACCCCUUCAUCUUCUAUUAACUGUUGGCAUACUUCAUUAUGUGCCUCAUUGGCCAACGCAUCGUUACAGUCAUACUUGCAAGACCGUAGAGUCCAAUAACACAAAGAAACACACUGCUGCCACAAGCCCAAAGUAUUCACAUUAGGUGUGAGCGUUUAUGUGUGCGUGCAUGUGUGUGUGUGCAUGACUGAGAAGAAGAGGUGAGCGGAGGGGAACAGUGUCCACGAGGUUCAGUCUGCUCCUCCCCGUCUCCCACGUCCUGCCUUCCUGCAGCGGAUCAUUCCGGAGCGGGCUGAAUCCUCAGCAGCGGUGUGGCCCCUCUUUUGGGCCGGGUGGUGGUGGGUGUUUGGGGUCAGGCUCCAACUGGGCAACAGAAACCAUGCUCUCCAAAGAUGGAGCUCAGUGACAUCGCACAGGACAAACCAGCUCUCUCAUUUUUUUUUUUCCUCGUUUUUUUUUUUUUUCUUUUCGUCUCUUGUUUGUUCUGGCAUUCAUUUUCUUGUUUUUAAUUUUAUUUUAAAAUUCGUUUUUACAGCUAAUGUCCAUGUAGGCAUUAUGGUCAAUACUUGUUACUUUUAUUGUUAUUACUGUUUUCUGUAAAAGAGUUUUAUUAUAAUGAAUAUUAUUAUUAUUAUUAAAGGAAAAACAGUUCUGUGUUGCAAGGAAGACAACAUUGUUCUUUGAUUACUUAAGUAAUUCUGCACUUUCGGUUCCAGCUGUCCUCUCUCCGUCUGUUUCCACCCCUCCUCGCUGUCCCUCACUCUGUCAUGCUGUUACCCCGCUUCUCAAAUCCACCCUCUCCUAUUCCUGCGUUCCCCAACUUGUGUUACCCCUUUUUUUCUCCAUCCUCCUUUCCAGUGUCAGUGACAGUGUAUUGCAUUGUGGGUAGUUUUACCAGACAUUUGCUCCUUUCCUUGUACAGUGAUGCCAUGUAUAGAACGCUAUUGCAAUUUCUGUAUCAAAUAUUUUUCGUUUUUGUUACUGUUUUGUUUUUAGAUGUUGCUGGGGAGGCUUUUUUAUAUUGGUAUUGUUUUAUCAUUUGUAUUUUUGGAUGUCUUCAAAUUGUUUUUUUUUUUUUUUGUUUUUGUUUUAUGAAUCUUGAGAUUUCUAGCCAAAAGAGGACAGAGAGAAGAGAGGCAGUGCUCUUUUUCUGUGUCGUUAAAAAAGAUUGUUCUUAUUUGUUUUAAUAUUAUUAUAUCGAGACACUUGAAUAAGAGGAGAGUAAUUAUUUUGUGUUGCUUUUUAAAGUAUCAUUUCAAUCGAUGUUGUGACUGUCAUUCUUGUUGAUGUUGGGUUUUCUGUUAACGGGGUAGUUGUUGGCAGGCUAUACAGGGUCAGGGUUUGGGCUUUGUCUGGGUUGGUUCGGGUGCUACAAAGACUUGACGCUCUUCAAAACAAAACAAAACAAAAAAAAGACAAAAAAAUGAGGGAAUAACUUGUAAAAUAGCUGACAUAUCAUCCAAAACAUCACAAGUGUGGACACGGACAAACCCACUCUCUUUCUCUCUUGCUGCCCUGCCUAUCUGCUGUGAUCCUCCCGCCAUCUUUUACUACAUCGGCUUCUGAUCGGAUGACGCCUUACGGACAUGCCCCACCCCUCCUCCCAAACUUACCUUGUCGCUAUGGCAACCAAGGAGGAAACUACAACUACUUUGACUCAACCCCCCUCCCCUUCUCCCCUCUUUUGGUUUACUUCGACUUAUCUCGUUUCGGCCUUGCUUUUGUUCUCCUGCACGAGCCUGGAAGGGAAGAUGGGAGGCUGCGUUUCGUGGGCAGUUGAAUGGAAUCUUGUUGUUGGAUACACCUGGAUGCACCUCCGAACCAUUAAAGGGAAACAUUUCAGGAGGUGACAAUGGGAAUGAACUGUUUGAAUUCCACAGCAGAGGAAAUACAAGGUUGUGGUCAGAGUGGGGCAGGGUUUGCCCACAUUAAACGUGUCUGUGCCCGAAGUCGAGUCAGGUUCAAGCACAGCCCAGAUGGGAGGCUACAGCACACCGGGGACCACAGCAGAAGAUUGAAUUCCCCCUUUUCUCUCUCUUCUACUUUAAUUUGAUUGUUUUUCCUCUUACCCCCCCCCCCCCCCAUAUACAAUACCAGUGAUUAUAGAGCCUAUACUGGGCUAGCAAGAGACUGUGGUGCAAAGAAUAAAGCUCCACUUUGUUUAUAGCGGCCAGAUUUCACAAUACCUGGCUGCAUGGUUGACUUUUUCGUAUGCUAUACUGUAUACAUCUGAGGGCUGUAGGUGGUGUCACACAGCGCCUGUGCUUUCCAUUUGCAGCAUGUCACUUCCUGUUGACAAACUUUCACCCUUCGUCAGAGCAAGCAGGACAAGCUGUAGCUGGCAAAAUCUCUUAAGACAAGAGUGGAAUGCAGUGAGAGUGGGAUGGUUUCGUGAAACUAACUCAAUAUGGUGCGUUUGUCUUUUUCCAAAAUGAGUCAGCUUCUCAUUGGACAGAAGAAAAAAAAUUAAAAAGCUGGUUUCCAUUUCCAUUCGGCUCUCAUUCCUUCCUCCUUCAGGUCUGCUCUUGUGUUUUUCUCCUCGCCAAAACUGAGAUCUGGAGGGGGAACAGAGUGUAGAAGUUGUCGGGAAUUGCAGCGGAAACGGGCUGGAAUGGAAGAUGUUGCAUGUGUCUUGUCCCAUGGCAGGUCAGAAACUCUAAAUUUAAGAUCAGAAGGCUCCACUUUGUCUAAUAUCGUGACCAGUAGCUGAGCUAUUGUUUUCAGGUCUGUGUAUAAGGUCGAGGGGGAGAGCAGAGGCACACAGGAAGGGACAAGCGUAAGUGAAUGGAAAGCACUGUAGAUGAUUCCGAAGUAACUGAGAGGAGAGCGCUGUUUCACACACAUCCUCUGCCUGAUCAGACUGACCCUUCUCCUUACCUCCCCCCCACCCCCUUUUUCUGUCUUAACCUUUCCAUCCCUCCCCUUCUUUGUCUUUUCUCUCCAUCCCAGCCUCCCUGCUCGGCAAGCCAGCUCUCUACUGCUCUACUCCUGUUCCUUAGGUUCAUUUUGUUUUCUAUUGGUUCAUUUUGUCCUCUUUUUUUUGUUUCGUUUUUAUGUUCAUUUCUGUUGAGUACAAAAAUACUAAAGUGCAACAACAAUGAUUAAAAAGAAUAUCAACCAAACUGAGAUGAAUAAAUAAAUAUAUAUAAAUAAAGAAAUAAUUUAAAAAUGUCA